AUGAUUUGUAGAGAGGAUCUGGCAACUCCUCUUGUUGCAAGUCUAUCUGUGGCUGCAGCCGCAAUGGGAGGUAGAUAUUUGAUUCAGGCAUGGCAGGCAUUUAAGGCUCGCCCAGUUGUUCCUCGUAUUCGUAGGUUUUACCCUGGUGGUUUCGAGCAGCAGAUGACAAGAAGAGAAGCCGCAUUGAUCCUUGGUGUUAGAGAACAUGCUCCACUUGAUAAGAUCAAGGAGGCUCACAGGAGAGCGAUGGUAGCAAAUCACCCCGACAGUGGAGGAAGUCAUUACCUUGCUUCUAAGAUCAACGAGGCAAAGGAUGUGUUUGUUGGUAAACUGAGAGGUGGUUCAUCCAUGUUUUGA